AUGGCCGAUGGCAACCACAUGUGUGCCAACUGCGCGCGCAGCAAAGAUGGACCUACACCCACUCAACGGUCGUACGACAACGACAACAACAACAACGUUCACGACGGCGAUUCCUACAUCCAGCAAAGCAUCGAACAGCCCAACCCACCCAUGGCCAACAUGGUCAAUUCCUCCCACUCCGGUCCCUACAGAAUCUACAUCGUGACCGAUACCUGCUACCCCACGGCCGAUAGCUUUCAGAACAACGUCGGUACCACGCACAUCACAUCUGUGCAUUCCACAAAAGCGGCAGCCAACAGCCGAGCCAAGAAGAUCAUCUACGAGAACGACGGCGAGUGUACAGUCGAUCUUGACAAGAUUAUCGAGGAGGUGAAGAAAGGAUUAUACAUUGGGAUAGGGGUUGGUGGCAAGGACGAAAAGAGUGGCAGCUGCUUUGCGCGAAAGUGUGAGGUGGAAGGCAAGAUUGUGGACGAAGACAGCGAUAGCGAGGAAACGAGCGGCGAGAGUGGCGAAAGCGAUCUUGUGGAUGGCAUGGGGGAGGCAGACGGCGAUGUGGACAUGGGCUGA